AUGGAUGCCAAGAAUACCACCAAGCUUUUCAAUGUUCCUAUCACUGUCUCUAACCCAUUGCUAAAUUUCAAGAAUCACACAUUAGUAGCUCAAACUUCCCAUUUUCCUAAACGUAAAAGAAAACACCAAAAGAAAGUUCAUGUCUUUGGCAAGAGUGUUUGCAAACGAAGAAGAAAAUAUGAAGUCUCUCGAACCAAGAUUAUGGACCUUCCAAGGGUGAUUAUGGUGGAGAUUCUUUCAAGAUUGCCAAUCAAGUCCAUUUUUCGCGUUAAGAUGGUUUGUACAAAUUAUGAUUAUGUUUCUUGCCCCAGAAACAGACCCAUUGAGUUGAGCACUGAAUUUCACCUCCCUGACCUAAGGGUGGAAGGGGUUAAUUUUUGGGGUGAACAUUAUUCUAGAUUUAAUUCGACACUAAUUGGAUCAUGCUAUGGAUUCAUUAGUAUAUUGGUCGGCGACUCUUGGCAUGAAAACCAAUUUGUCUACAUUUGCAAUCCUCUUUUGGGUGAGUAUGUCAAGCUUAGUCUGCCCAAAUGGGAGAAAAGAAAUCGUAGUGCUGUUUAUGGAUUCUGUUCUAGUCAAGCCUCUGGCAAGUAUAUAGUAUUGAGAUCGGUACUUAAAAAGUAUCGCGGUCGUCCUGAAGUAACUGAACUAGAGGUUUACACUCUUGGAGUUGAUGAGAAAUGGAGAAUUCUGGGCGAAGGUCCAUUUCCUCGAAUGGGAUCAUUUGUUACUCUACGGAGAACGUUUGGCGAUGUCACUGUUAAUGGUGCUCUUCAUUGGAUUAAUGAUGACGAUCCUCAUGCUAUGGCCAACAUUUACUCCUUCGAUAUUGGGACAGAAAAGGUGAAGCCUUUGCCAGCUCCGCCUGGUUUAGAAACUCCGUCUUGGUGCUUGGGACUAGCGAAGUUGGGGGAUAAAUUGUGUCUGUCUGAUAGUCGCAAGAGCAAGCAUCUUGAUAUAUGGUGGAUGAAGGAGUAUGGAAUUUCUGAAUCUUGGGUUAAAGAUCGAAUUUCGAUGAGCAGUAUUCGUCCUGAUAUCCUUCAUCAGAUAUGUAUACCAAUCAUAAUUUGGAAAGAUGGAGAAAUCUUGUUGCAAAAUGGCUCUCGCACAGGAGAGUUCAUUUCUUACAACCCAAAAGAGAAGUUUUUUAGGAAGGUCAAUGUUUACGGUGGUGGCACUUCAGUUACUGCAUACAUUCCCAGCUUUUACUCACUCAAGACUGUUGUGGGGAACAACUUUGAGAUCUCAAAUGUUUAUCCAGAGAUACAGAUAGUUUAG